AUGUGCUAACAUCAAACUUAUACCCUAUGUCUGACAAAAGCGAUUACAAAAUCUGAUAAAAAGGACUAUUAAUUGUUUAGGAUAUAUUUUAUGCACAAAUUUAAAAUUUUCGAAAUUGAACUCAAUCUCAUGAUGGACACAUUGUUGACUAAUAAAAUACAAAUUAUUGAUAAAAAGGAAACCUAUUCCAAGAUAAAUAUUAUAUAAUAUCAGGAAUAAACUAAUCUAACUAAUGAACUUAUUAUUUAAACCGAAAAAAAGAGCAUUCUGUUGAUAAUUACUAUUGGGUACAAGCUAAGAAAAAAAAAGAAUUGUUUAAGAAGAAGGUAAUAAAGUUAAUACUCUAAUAAGUUCCGACUCAGACUAGGUUAAGUGCUUGGCAAUUUAGAAAAGAGGACCCCACAACAGAAAAUAUCUCACUUAGAUAAACUCCUGGAUUCACAAAUAGAAAUUAUACAACAGGAAUUUUUAAAUUUAAUAUUGUUUUUAAAGUUAGGAUGACUUAUCAACAUUUUGA